UCAGUGGAACGGAAACGCGCGAAGUUUCGAAGAACGAAGGCAAGUUUCUUUCCCUCUCUCUAAUUUUUGUUGUUCUUCAAUUUCCAUCUCCUCCGCUGCGGAUUCCAAUUGCUUGUUUUCUCGGAAAAUCGGGGCUAAGAACCAAAAGAGGAAGUGGAGGAAUUAGGGGAGAGGAGAAAUUGAUUGAAUUACAGAGUCUCAUUGAGAUUUGCGCCAUUUGGAAGAUCUUCAGCGGAUCAGGAUAAUUUAAAGCAAAGGCGGCUGCAAUUUAUGAUACCCACAAGAAGAAGAGAAGGUCUCUUUCUCUAUCUGCAAUGCUACUCGCCUAGUUCUAAAUUUUUUCUUUAAUUUUUCUGAACAACCACUUAAUAAUUCUAUCCACUUUCCCAUUCCCUAAUCUCUCUUUCUCUUUCCCUCCUGACGCCUAUUUUUUCUGUGCAAGUUCUUCGCAGAACAACGCUUCUUUCUUUCUUCUGGGUUUCCCCCCAUUUCCCCUUUUCUCUAAACGCGAUUGUGUUUUGUGAAUAAUCUCUGUUUUGCUCUCACGGAGCGUCAGCAAUGUCAUCAUAAUGCCUCGAAAUUAAUGAAGGGACGCGAUAACCGAGACCUUGGUCUAGAGCGAGCAUUUCUCUCGGGCUAAUGUUUAUUAUCGUUCUCAGGGAAAGUCCCAUAACUCGUCUCGCAGUAGAAGAAGAAGAAGAAGAAGGUUGAUGGCGCAAACGAAGUCUUAGUGGAAAACAGAGGAGUGGUUUGUCUGUUUUUGUCUGCAGUAACGUCUGAUAUUGUCAUCGAUUCUGAGUGCAAGCAAAGAUGAAGUUUAUGAAGUUGGGAUCGAAACCAGACGCUUUUCUAGCUGAUGGAAAAACUACUAGGUUCGUGUCAUCUGAAUUGCCAACUGACGUUACCAUUUUUGUGGGCGAAGUAAAGUUUCUUGUUCACAAGUUUCCUCUCUUGUCCAAGAGCAAUUGCUUGCAGAAACUAGUAUUGAAAGCCAAUGAGGAAAACUCCGAGGAAAUUCAUCUGAUCGAUUUUCCCGGUGGAUCCAAGGCAUUUGAAAUUUGUGCAAAGUUUUGUUAUGGAAUGACUGUGACUCUCAAUGCCUAUAAUGUAGUGGCUGCUCGUUGUGCGGCUGAAUUCCUUGAAAUGACAGAGGACAUUGACAGGGGAAACCUUAUAUUUAAGAUUGAGGUGUUUCUAAACUCUAGCAUCUUCCGUAGUUGGAAAGACUCCAUCAUUGUGCUCCAAACAGCCAAAUCUCUUCUUCCAUGGUCUGAAGAUCUGAAGAUUUUAGGGAGAUGUAUUGAUUCUAUUGCCUCAAAAACCUCUGUGGACCCUGCAAAUAUAACAUGGUCUUACACAUAUAACAGGAAAUUAUCAGAGGCUGAUAAAAUUGUAGAAGAUGGAAUGAAGUACCAAAAGAAAAUUGACUGUGUACCGAACGAUUGGUGGGUCGAAGAUGUAUGUGAGCUGGAAAUCGAUCUGUAUAGGCCUGUUAUGAUUGCUGUGAAAUCAAAGGGCAGAAUGGAUGGUUCUGUAAUUGGGGAGGCUUUAAAAACUUAUGCUGUUAGAUGGUUACCAGACACUGUAAAUGCUCUGGCUUCUGAUGCCCAUAUUAAGAGGAACAGAUCUCUAAUUGAAACAAUCAUUUGCUUAUUGCCAUCCGACAAAAGCACGGGCUGCUCAUCCAGUUUCUUGCUCAAACUCAUGAAGGUUUCAAUUUUGGUUGGAGCUGAUGACGCAUUAAGGGAAGAUUUGGUGAAGAGAAUUGGCUUGAAGUUGCAUGAGGCUUCAGUCAAAGAUUUGUUGAUUCUUGCACAAUCUCCCCAAGUUACAAAAUAUGAUGUCGAAUUGGUUCAUAGGAUCGUGAAUCAGUAUUUUGUUCAUAACAGGUUCAAUCGAGUUACUGAUGUUAUUGAGAGAAGCGAAAAAGGGGCUGAAAAUCUUCUACUGGGGCAUGGGUCCUCAUUGAAUGUUGCUAAAUUGAUUGACGAGUAUCUUGCUGAAAUUGCUGAUGACCCAAAUCUCUCGCUCACCACGUUCAUCAACUUGUCACAGUCGAUUCCUGAAUUUGCAAGGCCAAUACAUGAUAGAUUAUAUAAAGCGAUUGACAUUUAUCUUAAGGUUCACCCAAGUUUGUCAAAAGCUGAGAGGAGGAAGAUAUGUGGUUUGAUUGAUGUCAAGAAACUUACAGCGGAGGCAUCUAUGCAUGCAGCACAGAAUGAACGGCUCCCACUUAGAGUUGUAGUUCAAGUUCUUUUCUUUGAACAGGUUAGAGCUUCUGCUGCAGUUGAAGCAUCAAACAACUACCGAGACUCUUCGAGCGUAAUGACUAGCAUAGAUGAAGAAUGUCCGAAGGAGUUAGAUAGCUGCAAGUCCCUCAAACAUCAUAUGGGGCAAAUGAAGAUAAGUGAGGAUAUUCAGAAAACUAAGAAGUUAGCUAAGAAGAGCAGCAAAAACAGCAGAAGUGGUAUGCAGCUGUUGCCUUCAAGGUCGAGGAGAAUAUUUGAUAAGUUAUGGAUUGUGGGUAAAGGGCACGGGGAAAGUCGGAGUCCCGAGACGUCGGGGAGUUCUCAAAGUCCAACUUCAGUGGUUCCUGGGGAUAUGAAGUCUUCUAGUUCGUAUACAAGACAGAGGAGGCACUCAAUAUCUUAGAUUAUGGAUGAAGCUGUAGCAGCCAAAAUGUAGAAAGUGCUAGGUUGUUAUAUUGUAAUGAUGUUUCAAAUCAAUCUCCUGAAAACGAAAAAAAGAGAUGGAAGAUGAGAUAUUUGUAGAAUCUGUUAGAUCAGUUUUACUUUCGCAUUACGUAAAAAUCUAUGUUGAUGAUCAUUCAUAAUCGAUUUCAUUUGUAUUAUUUUUGUUUA